AGUUGAAUCUCUAAUAAAAAGCAAGACAAAACUUUCAUCAGAUGGACCGUCUUCGGGCACGACUUUAUUAGCCUCUCCCUAUUCACCCCAACGACUUGGCAGGAUGUAUCACAAGUCCAUGUUCCCCGACCUCCCUGUUGUGCCAGAGGCUAAUGUCCAUCACUUGCUCUUCAACCGGCCAGACCAGCAGGCAUGGCCAGAUUACACGCUGUACGUGAAUGCAACCACUGGUAAACAGUGGUCUUUCCGUCAAUUCAUAGAGCGUGUGCGCGACGGGGCCACCGCUCUAGGAAGUGAUAUCGAUCAGGGUGGCCUUGGUAUCUCUCUCGCGAAUGGUGAGAUCGUCGGGAUCCUAAGCGAAAACAGCCUGGACUAUAUCGCAUUGUUGCACUCUCUGUUGGCAAUUACAGUGCCUUUCGCCAUGAUUUCCGGGUAUUCGACUCCUUUCGAAUUCAAACACGCUGUCACAGUAUCGCAGGCGACCCGAAUUUUUGUCAGCCGCUCAUUACUCCCCCUCGCUUUGACUUCGGAUAUCCCAAAUGACCGAAUUUACUUGCUGGAAGGUCACAACGAAGGUCGCUUGAGUUAUGAAGACCUUGUCAACCGCGCUAAAUACAAUCGAAUACCUCGCUUGCCUGUAAAGCAUGCCACACGAGACACUUUGGCAUACCUGGUGUUCUCGAGCGGAACAAGUGGUCUUCCAAAAGCGGUUAUGAUAUCUCACGGAAACUUAACGAAUUCACUCCUUCAGGUCAAGGUUGUAACAGAAGAAGUGAACAAAUUCCAGAAGCCACCUGUUUGGAAUGGUCCCAAUGGCAUGCAGGUGCUAUUUAAUGUUCUCCCGAUACACCAUACGUAUGGCUUGCACGUGUCUUGUUUCCGGGUGUUUUUUGCGCCACUCACCAUCGUCUUGCUCCCGAAAUGGGACGUCAAGGCCUUCAUGGACGCUAUUCCUAAAUUUCGCGCCACCACUUUGUACCUUGUUCCUUCCUUGGUCCAUCAGCUCGUCCAUCGUCCUGAGUUCCAGGCCGCCGACCUCAGUACUGUCCAAGUCGUGCAUUGCGGAGCUGCCUACUUGCCUGUGUCCCUUUCGGAAGCACUGCUUUCUCGUUUUCCGGGCCUCGAGCGGAUAGGUGAAGGCUAUGGGAUGUCUGAAAGCACAAUAUCUAUUGCUAACAAACCCGUUCCCGGCGUGCUUAAUGGGCGGGCGAAAAACAAGCCAGGCUCCACAGGCGUCCUGCUUCCUGGCAUUGAGGUUAGGGUGGUGCGUGAGGAUGGAACGCUGGCCGCAGUGAAUGAGCCCGGAGAGCUACACGUCCGAGCGGGAUGUGUUGCACUUGGAUACCGUAAUAAUCCAAAGGCAACUAAGGAAACGUUCGUUGACGGAUGGCUUCGCACCGGAGAUAGGAUACGAAUCGAUGAAGACGGCGUUUUGUUCUUCGAAGAUAGAGCAAAGGACACACUCAAGGUCUCGGGGUUGCAGGUCUCUCCUGUAGAGAUCGAAAACACACUCCUGGUGCACCCAGAUAAACUUAUUAUCGACGCAUCAGUCGCGGGCGUGAGCGGCGGGCGCACUCUUGACGAGCGGAUACCCCGGGCAUGGGUCGUUUUGUCCCCUGAGGGUCACAAAUUAGGAGCUUCUGCAACGAUGGCAAAGCUCGACGCAUGGGUGCGCGAGUCGUUGAGUAAAUACAAAUGGCUCCGCGGAGGCAUUGAAGUGGUCGAUACCAUUCCAAAAUCACCGACGGGAAAGGUAUUAAGGAGACAGCUGGUAGAGAAAUAUGAACACGGGCGGAAGGCAAUUAAGGCCAAACUCUAGACGAACAUCAUUGGAUAUCUAAC